AUGAUCAAGUGGUUUUACACGAUAGUUUGCGUCUCGACUUUCUCGGCUCCUCUCGCACGUGCGGCCUGCAACGUGUGUUCCACGGGAUGCCCGAAAACUGCCACACUAGCUCACUCGAUUAGAAGCUACGAGUCGUACAGCCUUUCAUGUCAAGACUCGACUGCUACGCCUCAAGUGUCGUCCAUCAGUGUCACAUCGAGUAGCGAAAACGACAAAUUUACUGUAACGGUUUUGGAUCAACAAGGAUACGACGACUUCAAAGGCAGCAAGGGCUCCUACUCUUUCUAUCCCGAUUUGUCUAGCGGUGGAGUGUUUGAUACGAAGACCGAAUCCACGUGCUACCACAAAAGUGUCACGAGUGUGUUUCCUGCUGGGACCAAAGUGUAUGUCGUCAUCGGAUGCAACAAUGAGAAGUCCGAUUGCAACCUCGUUUACAACGUCGAUACUGCUUGUUUACCUCCUGGCCCUUGCAGUGGGGUAUCUUGUGGAACUCAUGGCUCUUGUUACUUGGGUCUGUGCGUUUGCGACGACGGCUACUCUGGAAGCAACUGUCAGACAUUUGACAAAUGCUACAGUGUCUCUUGUGGAUCUAAUGGCGCGUGUCGCGACGGAGUGUGUGUCUGCAAUCCGGGAUACACCGGGAAUGCUUGCCAGACGAUUGAUAAAUGUUAUGGCGUUUCGUGUGGUUCUCACGGGACUUGCAGUAAUGGAGAGUGCGUUUGUGAUUCGGGAUACAUCGGAAUCGAGUGCCAAACUCCAUACACAUGCAAUAUACUCACUUGUUUGGUUGGCACUUGUAGUAGCAAAGGAGAGUGUGUUUGUAAGGCUGGAUUUAUCGGAUUACGAUGCGACAGUAUUGAUCUAUGUUAUAACAUCUCCUGUGGUUCUAGUGGCACCUGUAGAGACGGACUGUGCGUUUGUGAUCCGGGAUACACUGGCGCAUUUUGCGAUUUUGUAGAUGCAUGCUACGGCGUCUCGUGCGGUUCCAAUGGCACGUGCAGUUUCGGAAUCUGCUUUUGUGAUGAGGGAUACACUGGCGACCGAUGUCAAACAUUCGAUCGAUGUCAGAACAUUUUCUGUGUUGUUCACAGUCGAUGCAGUGACGGAGUCUGCGUUUGUGACGAUGGUUUCCAUGGUUACGCAUGUGAUGUACUAACAAGCGAUGUUGUCUCUAUCAGCUCAACCUCGACUUCCAACACCAAAGUUAUCAUCAUCGCUUGCUCGUCUGCAGGAGUGGGAUGUGUUAUCAUUCUGAGCUUUCUUGGAUGUGCUCUUUUCAUGCUCAAACGGCGACAGUCUGUAAGGCAAUUGCAACUAUCCCAAGCGCAGCAUUCUCUUAUGACAAACGAGGAAACGUCGCAGACUCCGCUGACGAAUUAUACCGAGUUUGGACUCCAACAGCCUCUGUCCAAGGUGCCAUCUCAGUAACCCAAUCAGUAUAUCGCAUACGUUACAUGCACUGAGAAGCUACUGCAGUUUUGUGUCUUGUUAACUGUUGCUCUGUACUCAAAAUUGCGUUUAGUUAUUGUUUGAUUUGGCACUGCAUAGUCUAACGCUGACUGUCACGUUAUUAGUUCAACUUUUGCUGAGCUGAAAUGUCUUGCAUUGUAUUAGUUUAAUUGUAUGCUUGUGCUGCAUACUUCUGUAUCCGCUUACAGCUAUGAUGCAUCAUUUAUUCGAGCACAAAGCAAAUUUCAAA